AUGCGCAUCUGAGGUGACAGUUGUAAAUAAAAACAGCAGUAGGAAAAGUUGCGCUUCAGCAAUCUGUUCGUGGCCGUCAAAAUGGCCGCUAACGACAGUAAAGCGCCUCUUAGAUAUGUUAAGCGGGUACAAUUUGGUAUCCUCAGUCCAGAUGAAAUACGACGUAUGUCGGUCACGGAGGGUGGCAUCCGUUUCCCAGAGACUAUGGAAGCGGGCCGUCCAAAGCUCGGCGGUCUUAUGGACCCCCGACAAGGAGUAAUCGAUAGAAAUUCCAGAUGUCAAACUUGUGCGGGCAACAUGACGGAAUGUCCUGGACAUUUCGGACACAUUGACCUAGCCAAGCCUGUUUUUCACGUCGGGUUUAUAACGAAAACUAUUAAAAUAUUAAGAUGUGUAUGCUUCUACUGUAGUAAAUUGUUAGUUAGUCCUAAUAAUCCUAAAAUUAAAGAAGUCGUUAUGAAGUCAAAAGGUCAGCCUAGGAAACGAUUGGCUUUUGUGUACGACCUGUGCAAAGGUAAAAAUAUAUGUGAGGGUGGUGACGAAAUGGACGUUGGGAAAGAAGGCGAAGAUCCAGGUAAGCGACAAGGACACGGUGGAUGCGGUCGUUACCAACCAAAUAUACGUAGAACUGGUCUUGAUUUGACUGCAGAAUGGAAGCAUGUGAAUGAAGACUCGCAAGAGAAAAAGAUACCACUAUCAGCAGAAAGAGUUUGGGAAAUUUUAAAACACAUUACAGGUAUGCUCUUAUAGUACAUGGACCUAAAU